AGGAAGCUCAGUGUCCUCUGAGGCUCGCCAUGGCACAGGUUCCUUGUCUGUGUGUCCUGGCCUUGCUGUCCCUCGGGCUGCGCCCUGCCGCAGCAGGCAUGGACUCCUGCUACGACCCGCAGGGGCGGGCGCAGCGCUGCACGCCCGCCUUCGAGAAUGCAGCCUUCGGCAGGGAGGUGUGGGCGACCAACACGUGCGGCUCCCCGCCCGAGGAUUACUGCCUCCAGAUGGGAGCCCGGGACGCCACCAAGCUGUGCCACCGCUGCGACGCGGGAGACCCCUUGCUCCACCACAACGCCACCUACCUGACCGACUUCCACAGCCAGGAGGACAGCACCUGGUGGCAGAGCCAGUCCAUGGCUUUCGGGAUACAGCACCCCAACUCUGUCAACAUCACCCUGCACCUGGGGAAGUCCUAUGAAAUCACCUAUGUGCGGCUGAAGUUUCACACAAGCCGGCCAGAGAGCUUUGCUAUUUACAAACGCAGCCGUGUGGACGGGCCCUGGAUCCCAUACCAGUACUACAGCGCCUCCUGUGGGAAGACCUACCGGAAGCAAGAGCGGCAGUACCUGCGGCCUGGUGAGGAUGAGCAGGUGGCCUUCUGCACUGAGGAGUUCAGCGACAUCUCCCCACUGAGCGGAGGGAACGUGGCCUUCUCCACCCUGGAGGGCCGGCCCAGCGCCUACAGCUUUGACAGGAGCCCUGUGCUACAGGAGUGGGUGACCGGCACUGACCUGCUCAUCUCCUUGAACCGGCUCAACACGUUUGGGGACGACAUCUUCAAGGAUCCCAAGGUGCUGCAGUCCUACUAUUAUGCCAUCUCUGACUUCUCGGUCGGCGGCAGGUGUAAGUGCAACGGCCAUGCCAAUGAGUGUGCCCCCAAUGAAGUGGGCCAGCUGGUUUGCCUCUGCCAGCACAACACCACCGGCGUGGACUGCGAGCAAUGCCAGGCUUUCUACCAGGACCGGCCGUGGGCGCGAGGAACUGCUGAGUCCGCCAACGAGUGUCUCCCAUGCAACUGCAGCGGCCGAUCGGUCGAGUGCUUCUACGACCGGGAGCUGUACCGGCGCACGGGGCACGGCGGCCAUUGCCUGAAGUGCCAGGAUAACACCGACGGGCCGCACUGCGAGCGCUGCCGGCAGAACUACUACCGGUGGGAUGGGCAGACGGCCUGCCAGCCAUGCAACUGCAACGCGGCGGGCUCCCUGCGGCUCCAGUGUGACAACUCGGGGGCCUGCGACUGCAAGGCCAGCGUGACUGGCUGGAAGUGCGAGCGCUGCCGGGCCGGGUUCCACUCUCUGAGCGAAGGGGGCUGCAGACCCUGUGCCUGCGACCCUGCCGGCAGCGUGGGGACCUGUGAUCCCAACUCGGGGCGCUGCUCCUGCAAGGAGAAGGUGGAAGGCUACCUGUGCAACAGAUGCCAACCUGGCUCAUUCAAUCUGCAGCCCCACAACCCUGCAGGCUGCACCAGCUGCUUCUGCUAUGGCCACUCGACUGUGUGCACUGCAGCCACCCAGUACAAGGUGCACCACAUCCGCUCUGACUUCAGCCAAGGGCCUGACAGCUGGAGAGCUGAAGCUCCAGGUGGCAAGGAAAUGCAGCUGGACUGGGCCAAUGGGGAGAUCUGCCUAGAGCAGGACGGAGAGGAGCCAGCCGAUUUCAUAGCACCAGAGAAGUUUCUGCAUGACCAGCGUCUCAGCUAUGGGCAGCUCCUCUCCCUGCUCCUCCGAGUGGAGGGGAAUGGGAGCAGAUCCUCUCCAUUUCCCGUCCGGCUGGUCUUAGAGGGAGACGGCAUUGCAGUGUCUGUGAGCUACGUCGCCCCAGCAGGCAGUGAAAGCCAGCCCCACCAUGGAGAGCACAAGGUCACCUUCAGGCUCCACGAGGCGGAGGAGGAGAUGCAGCCCUCGCUGUCGUCCUUCAACGUCCAGCGUCUGCUCUCCAAUCUGACUACCCUCAGGAUCCAGGCUGGCAGCAGCGACGCACCUUGUAGAGUCUCCCUGAGUGAGGUCCAGCUCACCUCGGCUCGCCCAGGUCAUUCCCCGCCUGCUCAGUGGGUGGAGGAGUGCAUCUGCCCUCAGGGGUACACCGGGCAAUUCUGCGAAUCCUGCGCUCCGGGCUACAAGAGAGAGAUUCCACUGGGCGGGCCUUUCACCAGCUGCAUCCCCUGUACUUGUAACCAGCACGGCAGCUGUGACCCCGACACAGGGCACUGCCAGUGCCUCCACCACACCGAGGGCCCGUCCUGCGAGCGCUGUGCCAUUGGCUUUCACGGCAGCCCCUUCGUGGGGCACUCUGACGACUGCCAGCCGUGCCCGUGCCCCGGCCAGUCACCUUGCACGGCGAUCCCGGAGAGCAGGGAGCUGGUGUGCACCCACUGCCCCCAGGGGCAGAGAGGAAGACGCUGUGAGCUCUGUGACGAUGGGUUUUUCGGGGACCCCUUGGGGAGGAACGGCCCGGCCCACCCUUGCAGCCCCUGCCAGUGCAACGGUAACGUGGACCCCAAUGCCGUGGGCAACUGUGACCCCGUCUCCGGGCAGUGCCUGAGGUGCCUCUACAACACGUCCGGAGAGCACUGUGAAAAGUGCAGGGAGGGCUUCUACGGGAGCGCGCUGGCUCGUAGCCCCGCCAGGAAGUGUGCCCCCUGUGAGUGUAACCCUGUCGGUUCAGCCCAGGGGCUGGAGGCCUGCGAUCCCCUCACUGGCCAGUGCACCUGCCUCCCUCAUGUGACCGGGCGAGACUGCAGCCGCUGCCAGACGGGGUUUUAUGACCUGCAACCAGGGACUGGAUGCAAGAGCUGUGAGUGCCACCCGGUGGGAUCCCAGGACAGCCAGUGCCACCCGCUCACGGGGCAGUGCCCCUGCCAGCCCGGUGCAGAAGGACAGUCAUGUGAUCGAUGCCAGCCUGGCUUCUUCGGGUUCUCGGUCAAGGGCUGCCGAGCCUGCAACUGCUCCCCACUGGGCGCCGUCACCCCACAGUGCCACGAGAACAGCACGUGCGUCUGCAGGAGGGGCUUUGUGGGCUACAAGUGUGAUCGGUGCGAGGUGAACUUCUUCUACGCCCCGGAGAGGUCUCUGUGCCAGGAGUGUCCCGUCUGCUACGGCCUGGUGAAGGACGAGGCUGACAAGCUGAAGGCCAAGCUGCAGCAGAUGGAGGUGUGGCUGCAGAAACCAGACUGCAGCAGCCCCCGGACCCCUUACCCAGCGCUAGGAGAGGAGCCCCGAGGAGACCAGCUGCCAGAUGCCAAGGCGCUGUUCCUGGAGCAGAUUGACCAGCUGGAGGGCUCAGUGGGCACCGCGUGGGGUCGGCUGAGGAACGCCAGCGGGACCGUGGGCUGCGCCAGCGGCGGUGACGAGAAAACCUGCAUCCUCCUGUCGGAAAUCAGCGCCGGGCUGCGGGCCACGCAGCGGGAGCUCCAGCAGGCUGCAGCUACGCUAGCGACAAUGGUAAUUCCUCCCGACAUUUCCCAGCAGCCCACCAGCUGGAGUCGCCUCGCACUGGAGUCCCGGGCGCUGGCUGCCAGUCACGGGGAUGCAGCAGCAGAGCUGGAGUCUGUGGCCAGGAGAGCCCUGCUCGCUUCCAACACCAGCUACACUCUCCUGCAGAGCAUCCUGGAGGACAGCACUAGCCUGGAGCGCAAGAGAGAGCUGGAAGACCGGUACCAGGAAAUCCAGCGGGCGCAGGAAGAGCUGGCUGCUGGCAUGCUGGAGGUGGCAGCUGAGGCCAAGAGAACCUUUGCAUCCAUCCGCCAAGCUAAUGCAGACAUGGCAAAGAACCUCUCGAAGCUCGAUGCUCCACAGCUGCGCUCCCUAGUGGUGCAGACCGGAGCCCUGACUCGGGAGCUGAUGGAGCUGGAGCAGGGGGUGGAGGCGACAGAGCGCCUGGUCCUGGAUGCGUGGGAUUCUCUGAUGGUCGCGCCGCGCCCAGAGCUGCAGAGGGCUCAGCAGUUUCAGCAGCUGCGGAAGGGGGUUGAUGCUGCCCGGACUCUGGCAGUCUCGUCAGUUUCGCACGGAAAGGCCGUGGUCUCUGAAGCAAAGUCCCUGCUGUCCAGCUUGGAAGGGGCGAAGAGGGUGUUUGUGCGUCAGAAGGGGCAGGCCGCCGUGAGCAGGAAGCUGGCCAUCGUCCGGGACAGAGUGAUCGUGGAUGCCCAGAAGAAGAUCAGACAGGCAGAGAGGAUGCUGGGAAACACUGUGUCUGUCUCCACCGCAGCCAAGAAGACGGUCAGAGAAGCAGAGGGAGUCGCCAGAGAGAGCUCCAAGAGGUCCCAGGCUGUGCUGAGGGAAGGGAAGCGGGAACGCAAGCGUGCCAGUGAGCUCGCCAAGCAAGUCAAUGUAACCCUGGCAGAAAUCUCAAGGCAGGAGCACGUGUCCAAGGAACUCGGGGAAGAGCUAGAGGCAUCUCACCAGGUGAGAACAGGGAUGAGUGAAGCUAAGAAGAGCCUCAGAGAAGCCCAGAGCUCCCUGGAGAUGGACAUUAAGAUCCUGAAUAACCUGCUCAGCAGCCUAGGCAACCUGGAGCAGGACACGCGCACAGACACUGUGCUGAGCGCUAGCCACCUCCAGCUGGACCGCCUGCGGCUGCGCCUGGCCAGGCCCGGAGCCCUGGAGAGGAAACUGAGCCAUCUGCAGCGGGAGGCAGAGCAGCAGCGGCAGAAGAUCCAGGCAUUCGAGAGCGACCUCCAGAAGAUCAGAGCCGACAAGCAGAACCUGGAGGAGGUUCUACAGAGCCUGCCGGAGGGCUGCUCGAGCUGGCAGUGAGAGGGCCCCAUGGACAACCCCCAUUGCCCCCACCUCCACAAGGAACUGCAGAGCAAUGGACAUCUCCCAGCUCACUGACGAGCACCUCAAACCUGCCCUCCGCUCCUUACGCUGCCUUCCCACCGAACAG